CCGCCGACCAAGUGGACAUCUCCUGCCCCCAUCGGAAUGUCACGAAUCUGACUUCAGACCCUGGAGAUCUCAAUUGAAUGUCAACAUGUACAUCUUCCCUCACACCUCACGGGUAGAAAAAGUCGACAUCAUGACCUGAUCACGAGAGGAACAGAUGAGCUGCCCUGGAUGAAAUGUGCUCGUCAUGGAUGCUCUUGACCCACCAUCUCCACCCAUGGUUGCUGUCCCCAGGCACACUGCUGGCAGACUCAUCACCACCACCACUAAAUUUUAAGGCCUCCAUUAGCGACACGCUCAGUUAGGAGCAAGCUGGGGUAUGUAUGGGUGGUCUGAUCGGAAUCAUCGAGCACGGGGAUAGAUCGGAUAAUAUGCCAGGCAGAUAGAUACUUACUGACCAUCGUCUCAGCUCAUCCGAUGCUGUCAGCCCCACCCCCUUUUUUCUUCUUCGGCGGUCCGUUAAAGCUUGUUCGAUUGUCACUCACAACAGGAAUUUUUUGGGCCAAUACCUCCCUUUGCUUUACUGUCCAAACGUGCCUUGCUUCCCGCCAAAUCCAGGAGAUUAAUCCUGUUCUGCUGGCCAUGGACCCUUCCACCUUUAUCGAUCCCUAUCUGACCCCGCCCGAUCGACUGGUCCUCGAUAACCUGCUGCUCGAUAGCCAAUCCACCCCGGAAAAGCCCAAAUCAUCCGGCGGGACCCCCGAUGUCCCAUUAGAUGCCGACGCGACCGUCAGCCAACUGGAGGCCUUUAAUGACCCCCGGCAUGCCGACUUCGUCCCGACCAUUUUCUUCACCUGGGAUUUGAAGGACAUCAAGCUGCCUCCGCUGUUAGAUGCAUGGCUGCUGCAACCGUAUAUCAAGGCCGCGCGGUCCAUCGUCCGGGUGGACACCGACGUGGUCAUGCUCACCCAUCUCUUGCUCUACUUCACCACCUCUGUGCCUAGUGCUAUCUAUCUCUUCCGUAACUUCCACUGGCUCCAUGGCGUGCUGCACUGGAUCAUGCAGUCCUACUACGUGGGCACCUAUACCCUGAUGAUGCACCAGCACAUCCACAUGGGUGGCAUCCUGAAAAAGCGCAAUUGGUGGCUCUUCGACACGAUCUUCCCCUACAUCACGGAUCCCUUGAUGGGCCACACCUGGAACUCCUACUUCUACCAUCACGUCAAGCAUCACCACGUUGAAGGCAACGGCCCGGAUGAUCUAUCUUCAACGAUCCGGUACCAACGCGACAGUCUGGCCGAUUUCGCCUGCUACGUCGGCCGCUUCUACCUCUUCAUCUGGCUGGAGCUGCCCACCUACUUCCUGCGCAAAGGAAAGACCCUGUUGGGGUUGAAAGCAGCCUUUUGGGAACUCAGCAGCUACUUGAUGAUGUAUCUGCUCUGGAACUAUGUCAGCUGGAGAGCGACAUUGUUUGUCUUUGUUCUUCCGUUCCUGCAGCUGCGUGUGGGUCUCAUGGUGGGGAACUGGGGACAGCAUGCGUUUGUCGACGAGACGGAUCCCAACAGUGACUUUCGCUCCAGUAUCACCUUGAUUGAUGUAGCGAGCAACCGCUUCUGCUACAAUGAUGGCUACCACACCUCGCAUCACUUGAAUCCGCGCCGCCACUGGCGCGACCAUCCCCUCGCCUUCUUGCGGCAAAAGGACCGGUAUGCAUCCGAGCAUGCCCUUGUGUUCCGCAACAUCGACUACAUUAUGAUCACGGUGCGACUGAUGCGCAAGGACUACGACCACCUGGCGCGGUGUCUAGUGCCGAUGGGUGACCAGAUCGGCAUGACGCAUGCAGAGCUUGCGGCGAUGCUGCGUCGCAAGACGCGUCGCUUCAGCGAGGAGGAAAUCAAGCGGAAGUUUGCUUGA